AAUAGAGGGACCAGCUUUAAGUAACCCUCCAGCUUCAUUUUGUAAUAUGAAAGGGCGCAAGAAGAUAAAGGUGGGUCUUGUGGUUGGUUCAGUUAUUGGAGGCCUGUCACUUAUCUGCAUUCUGAUUGUCGGAAUCUUGUUCGGUUUGAAAUACAGAAAGGCAAAGCGUGUUGAAACUUCGGAAUGGUCACCAAUGCCUGCAUUUGGUGGAGGGAGUACCCACAGCAGGUUGACUGAUGGAACUAUUACUGGUUCCCCUAUGAAUUAUCUAAAUCUUGGGUUGAAGAUAUCUUUUGCUGAACUUCAGCAAGCAACAAACAACUUUGACACAAAAUUGUUGAUAGGUGAGGGUGGCUUUGGGAAUGUCUACAGAGGAACUCUGUUGAAUGGCAGAAAUGUAGCUGUCAAGCGAGGUAAACGAGAUGAGCAAGGGUCAGGCCAGGGCCUUCCAGAAUUUCAAACAGAGAUCAUGGUUUUGUCCAAGAUUCGCCACCGCCAUCUUGUUUCCUUAAUUGGGUACUGUGAUGAAAGGUCUGAGAUGAUACUGGUCUACGAGUUCAUGGAAAAAGGGAGCUUGAGAGAUCAUUUAUAUGAUUCAAACUUGCCUCGCUUGUCAUGGAAGCAAAGGCUUGAAAUUUGCAUUGGUGCAGCAAGGGGUCUUCAUUACCUCCACAGAGGUGCAGCUGGGGGAAUCAUUCACCGUGAUGUUAAGUCCACCAACAUCUUGUUGGAUGAAAACCAUGUUGCCAAAGUUGCUGACUUUGGCCUUUCAAGAUCUGGUCCUCUUGAUGAAACACAUGUCAGCACAAAUGUUAAAGGCACUUUUGGUUACCUUGAUCCUGAAUACAUAAUGUCCCAACAGUUGACAGAAAAAUCUGAUGUUUACUCAUUCGGCGUGGUUCUCCUUGAGGUGUUAUGUGCAAGACGUGCUAUUGAUACAAUGCUCCCAAGAGACCAAAUGAAUUUAGCUGAAUGGGGAAUGCUUUGCAAGAAGAAAGGGUUGCUUGAACAGAUUGUUGACUCUUCAAUCAAGAAUGAGAUAGAUCCUAGCUCAUUCAAAAAUUUUAGUGAGACAGCAGAGAAAUGCUUGCAAGAAGAUGCUAAUGAUAGGCCUACAAUGGGUGAUGUGCUGUGGGACUUGGAGUAUGCAUUCCAGCUCCAGCAAACAGCAAAGCGUAGAGAACCCCAUGAAGACAGCACAGCCAAUGCUUCAUCAGCAUUUGUAUUGCCAACUGUUCAGCAUUUUCCUUCAGUUAGCUCCACGAUUAACAUAGAUGAUCUGGCUCUUCCCGGAGACGAUGAAUUAGAUACGACAGAAGUUGAAGUUUUCUCCCUAUUGAGAGUUGGUGAUGCCAGAUACAAAAUCCAGUGACUCCAUUAUCUCAUGGAAAAUCUUCAUAACUGUAGAACCCUUGUCCCCAUGUUUUCUCUGCUUGCUCUUCUCCUCCACUUAUCAUCCUUUCACUCUGUGUCUCUAGCUUAUGAGCUCCCAGAUAAGAAUUUCAUCAAUUGUGGAUCAGAUGCUGCUAUAAACUUAACUGGCAGGACGUUCAUUGCAGAUGGUUCCUUCUCCUCACAGAAAAGCAAGGCUGUCAAAGCCAGCAACCAGCUUCCAGAUAAUAUAUCAACUCUCUACCAAACAGCAAGAAUUUUCAGCCAGCAAUCCUACUAUAAGUUCGAGAUCAGUGAAAACGGUACUUAUCUUGUACGCCUGCAUUUCUUGGCUUUCUCCUCCUCGGUUAAUCUCUCCACAGCUCUUUUUGAUGUUCUGGCUUUUCCUAAUGUUUCAAAUUCUGGGUUCAAACUGUUGAGCAAUUUCACUGCUAAGAAUAGUAGCAACUCUCCUUUGAUAAAGGAGUUCUUCCUUGGGAUUGAUCCUGGCACAUUUAAAAUAUAUUUUGUUCCUCAAGCAUCAUCUUUUGCAUUUGUAAAUGCCAUUGAAGUCUUCCUUGCUCCUGCAAGUUUCAGCCCUGAGAAUUACAACAGUAGUCUUCCUUCAGUUCUACAUACAAUUUACAGGGUGAAUGUUGGAGGCCAGGAAGUCACACCAGAUAUUGACAGAAUAUGGAGGAACUGGGAACAAGAUGAUAGUUAUCUGUCUGAUCCAAACUCUGCCAAGGAAAUCCCCUACUACCCAAAUAGGCCUAGUUAUUACAAUGGAGAGCAUAGUGAUCCAGUCACUCAUUUCAUUGCCGCUAAUGAUUUUAUUGCCCCGGAUUCUGUUUACCGAACUGCCAAAGAGAUGAAUAUUACUCCUAGCAGGCCAUUCAAUUCCUUCAACAUAACCUGGUCUUUUAAUGCGAGAAGGAACGCUAGGCACCUUGUCCGGGUUCACUUUUGUGACAUUAUUGGUCAACCUGGUAAUAUAGUAUUUUAUUUGUACUCAAAUGGCAACUUCAGUAAGAAGGUUGGGGAAUAUGAGUCCUUUUUCUCAACAGAGUCGGCUACUCCUUUCUACUAUGAUUUUGUGGUGAGUUCUAAUGAGUCUCAACUCAUUAGCAUCAGCGUAGGCGCUCAAAAAAACUCUAUAAACAGAACUGCCUUUCUGAAUGGUCUGGAAAUGUUGGAGAUAAUGGAGGGGUCAGUUUCAGUUUCUGAUGUGAAAGAGUCUGUGAAGAAAAAUGUGGGUCUUGUGGUUGGUUCGGUUGUUGGAAGCCUGUCUUUCAUCUGCAUUUUGGCUUUCGGAAUCUUGUUUGGUUUGAAACACAUAAGAAGGUUGACUGCGAUUCGUGGGGUGAAGAUAUCAUUUGCUGAAGUUCAGCGUGCAACAAACAACUUUGACGACGAAAAGCUGCUUGGUGAAGGUGGCUUUGGGAAUGUUUACAGAGGAACUCUCCUCGAUGGAAGAAAAGUAGCUGUCAAGCGAGCUAAGAAAGGUUCACGCCAAGGCCUUGGAGAAUUCCAUACAGAGAUUAAGAUUUUGUCCAAGAUUCACCAUCGCCAUCUUGUUUCCUUAAUUGGGUACUGUGAUGAAAAGUCUGAGAUGAUAAUUGUCUAUGAGUUCAUGGAAAAUGGGACCUUGAGUGAUCAUUUAUACGCUUCGGACUUUCCUCGUAUGCCGUGGAAGCAGAGACUUGAAAUUUGCAUUGGUGCAGCAAGGGGUCUGGAUUACCUCCACACGGUUGCAGCUGGGGGCAUCAUCCACCGUGAUGUUAAGUCCAACAACAUAUUGCUUGAUGAAAACAAUGUUGCUAAAGUUGCUGACUUUGGCCUUUCAAAACAUGGUUCUGUUGAUGAAACUCAUGUCGUCACCAAAGUGAAAGGCACCCUUGGUUACCUUGAUCCGGACUACAUGAUGUCCGAACAGUUGUCUGAAAAAUCUGAUGUGUACUCGUUCGGGGUAGUUCUUCUUGAGGUGUUAUGUGGAAGACCUCCUAUUGAUGGAAAUCUCCCAAGAGAUGAAAUGAACUUAGCUGAAUGGGUUCUACAUUGCAAGACGAAAGGGUUGCUUGAACAGGUUGUAGACUCUUCACUUGAGGGUCAGAUUGAUGCUCACUCGCUGCGAGUAUUUAGUGACACGGCUGAGAAAUGUCUCCGAAAAGAAGCUAAUGAUCGGCCUACAAUGGGUAAUGUGCUGUCUGACUUGGAAUAUGCAAUAAGGCUCCAUCUAGCACUAAAUCCUAGAGGACUUAGUUCUGAGGACAGCACAGCCAAUGCUUCAUCAGCAUUCAUAUAUGUUGAGCGUCUUCCUUCACUUAGUUCCACAGUUAACGCAGACGAUACAGCUGUCUCCGCGGACGGAUCGGUGGACACAACACCAAGCCAAGUUUUCUCCCAAUUGAAGUUUGGCAAUGCCAGAUAAGGAUAAGCUUGUGUGUUCUGUGAAGUAUUAAUAUUACCCUUGUUUUUAGUUUCUUGCCAGUAAAGCUAACUUUGGUGUGGCUGUGUUGAUUUUGGUAUUGUCUUUGAUUAUUGUACUAUUAGCUCUGAUAUCUCAUCUUUAAGAUUCAACAUAGUAGUGUUGUUCUCAUCUUUGAUUGAA